GUGAUUUCUUUAAGAGUUGCUAUUAUUUUUUCCAGGAUUUACAGGUUAAAGCAAAAAUGGUCAUUAAAAAAUUAUUAAUUUCACUGUUAUGAAAUUUUUAUUUAAUGAAGAAAGUUAGGCUAAAUUAGCCAAUAAAUACCCACAGCUCUCACUUCAAUAAAUACCCAAAGCUCUCACCUCUGUCCUCUGUUAUGGGUUGUUGCGUCAGCUUCCCCACCGCCGACCAGAAAGAUGAUUCCAUCUCCGGCAAGAGCACAUCACCGCCUCCAUCCGUCGUUGAAGAAGAGACAGUAGUCAAAGAAGUCUUGUCUGAAACCACAUUGGUAACUGACAACACGACGUCGAACAAGAUUCCAGAAGGCAAGGAGAAGAAACCCGGAGCUGUCAACGUAGCUCCAGACCCUGGUUUAACGGAGAACGGUUUGGUUGAACUGGAGAAAGGAUCAGAAGUUUCAGAAAUUUGCAGUUUGAGCGAGAGCCUGCUUUCUAUCGUGAAUGAGUGCAAUGAGGAGGAAGCGAAACAGAGGAAACUGCAAGGAGUGAGACAAAGAUCCCCGGAGAAAUCUCGGAACCGGGUCAUGGUUCAUAAUUACCCAACCCGGAUAACCGAUAUGUCGCCCCGUAAGAGAAACGCGGAAGGAGGAGGAGAAGAAGAAGCUGGCUCGGUGAGGCUGGUGCCUUCGGGUACGGGUCAGAGAGACCCGAAUAAAAGAUCCGGGAGGAGAAGGUCCAGGUCAGUCAUGAUAGGUCCGACUCGGGAUCAUUAUUGUACGGACAGUGGCAGAGCAAAUCUGUCUCUGGGUCGGGUGAGACCUGAGCCUAAUAAGAACGGGUCGGAUCAUCAUCAGUGGCUGAGUUGCGGUGCAGCUGGAGAUAAUGAAGUAUCUACCCCUAUCGACUCAUUUGAGAACUCUCUUGUCACAUUAGAGAGUUUCAUCUUUCUUUGACAUUUUCAUGGAAAAAAAUGUUACUGGAGAAUAACAGUCUCGAAUUAUCGCCGAAAUUUAAUCAACUAUUUUUAUUGAUUUACUGUAACCGCUAACCAUAAUAGGAAUGACAAGAAUUUAACAGGAAUGGAUAGGAAAAAUAAAUAAGAAUAAAUUUUUAAGAAUAGUGACGCAUUAUCAAAAUUAAUAGCUAACAAAUUUAUUUUAUAAUUCUCUACAAACAAAUUAACGAGAAAGAACGAAAUAGAAAAAAAAAACUAUUUCUCAUGAAAGAUAUUUUUUUUAAAGAAAUCUUAAAGAAUAUAGGUUACUCUUCAUUUCUGUUGUUAUAUCAUUCAAAUUUCAAAGUCUAAGUGAUUAUGACAUAUUCAUAUGCGAAAAUAUAUUCUUUAAAAUACAUAAUUAAUAAAAGUUUACUAAUAUUUCUAUUUUCUGUAAGUUUUAAAUUUUUUAAUAUUUUUUUUAAGUUUGAAAAAAUAAAUAGUUGAUUCUUAAAUAGACAUUUAUUUUUUAGACACUUAUUUUGUUUAUAAACAAUUGGUUUGGUUCAGUUGUCUUUUGGGUAUAUUAGAUUUUAUUUAUUGCUUUUAAUUGAACUAUAAUUAUUUUAUGAUUCUAUAUUAGAUGGAAAUCUUAUUAACUUUGUUAGUUACAUUAAUCAUUAUAGCUCUUUUUUUUAUUGAAUAAGUGAUGAUCCAAUGGUUCUCACUCAAUGAACUUUGGAUUUUAAAGGUUUCAUUGAAUUAUCGUGGUUUUCGUAUGAAUCUGAGGUUUCAAUUAAUAAGUAGGGUCUUAACAAGAAAAUUCCUAU